AUGUUGCCUCAAAUCGGGGAAAGAGGAAGAAUGGCGGGAGGAUCUGAGAGAAAGACGAUACUGGUGGGUUUGGUUUUAGCUCUCGUUCUCGGCGUCGCUGUUUACUUGAGGCUUUGGACAAUCGAUUAUACUCUAUCUUCCGAUGACACAGAACGCUUAAGGAGACAGUUUGAUUUAGCGAAUAGAGAGGCAAUGGACGAAUCAGCAGAAUGGAGAAGAAUGUUUGACAAGGAAGCAGAGAAAGCUUCGAAAUGUAACACAGAACUUGCUCUGGUCAAAGAUGGGAAUGGAAAUCAAAAGCUAGAGUCAUUACAUAAGGAAAAUGCGGCGUUGCUAAUGCAGAUUGAGACAUUAAAACAAGAGCUGGAAGCUUCACGGUUAAAGUGCCGUUCAAGUAGAGGCUCCCCGUUAGAUUAG